UGAAGGGUGAGGAGGAAGACUGUCUAGAUCCCUGUCCAAUUAGGGCAGUAGGAAGAAUCUCGGUGGCCAAGCAGGUGGACAUGGCCUGCAGGGGUCACACUCGACCCAGGGCCUUGGCCUGGGCCCUGCAACUGACCCUGGCAUGGAUACUGCUGGGGGCUUGUGGAGGGAGCCACCCACUCCCAGCUAGAUCAAAGAGACACCAUAGGCUGGCGACCAAUCUGGGCACAGACCAGCUGCACCUGGAAGAGAUGAACCCACCAGAGGCAUCGGACCCUGGGCUCGUCCCAGUGCGCUGUGAGGAGCUGAGCCCCAGGUGCGAAUCCUUCCUGGUACACCUCCAAGCUGCCCUUCGCAAUCGCUUCCACCUGCUGCUUUUGGGGGUACGCCAGACGCAGCCGCUCUGCUCCGAGCUCUGCAAUGCCUGGUUUGCCACUUGCGAAAGUGAUAUCACCUGCAGCCCGACUUGGCUCCCACUCCUAGAAAAGAGGGGCUGCGAGCCUGGCUGCACUACUUAUGGGCAGACUUUUGCAGACGGAGCGGAGCUUUGCCGCUCGCUUCUGGGCGACGCGCUACCAGUGGCGGAUCCCGGCUCUGGUCACUGCCUCAACAUUUCCGUCUCGAUGUUGCCGCGUCCCAGACAUGCACGAAGGGCCCGGGGAACCAUUUUCAGGCGCUCCCGCCGCUCUCGCACCGGGAUCCUGGACUCCGCGAGCAGUGGGAGUGGCAGUGGAAGUGGCAGCGGCCCCUAGGGGGCGCCCGGCCCUAAGUGGAAGAUACGCUUCCUCUCCCCCACCCCCGACCCCGCCCCUGCCCCUCAAGACAGCCAGUGUCCCUCACUGCCUUCUAGUUUCCAGAGUCCCAUCCUUCCUCCCAAGGUCCCCAAAGACUCGCC